AUGUGGUGGUGGAUGGUUGAAAAGGGGAUAUAUUUGGAUUAUGGUAGGAUAGUGGGGGUGGAAGAGGGUGGUGGUGAAGUGAGGAUUGGAAGAGAAGGGGGGUUGGGGGGGGGGGGUGAGUGGGGGUUGGGUGGGGGUGGGGUUGGGGGGGGGUUGGGGGGGGGGGGGGGGGGGGGGGGGUGGGGGGUGUGGGGUGGGGUGUUUGGGUGGGUGGGGGUGGUUGGGGGUUGGUUGGGGGGUGGGGUUGUGUUGUUUGGGUGGUAUUGGAGAGUGUGGGGGUGGGGUUUUUGUGGGUGGGGGGGGGGGGGGUGGGGGUGGUGUGGGUUUGGGUUUUGUGGGUUUUGGUGUGGGUUUGGGGGGGGUGGGAUGGGGAAGGAUAUGUUGUUUUAA